CUCACCACGUGACACCAGGCGGAAGAAAACAAAGGAAAGGCGCUAAUACCGUUAGCUUUCCACGUGUGUGUGCCUGAGCACAGGGACUGUUGUGUUGUUGUGUGAGCUGAGUGUGUGAGCUGCGGCAGCAACGAUGCCUUCAGUUCAGUAUCUGAGAGAGUUCAUCAACGAGCGACUAACUGCUGCUGCUGAACAAAUAUUCUUGGAGUUUGAAAAAACGAUCGUCCAGUACGAGGAAGAGAUCGACCGUCAGCGCAGACUGCUGGAUAUCACCUGGAAACCCCAAAUCAAGCUGCACAGGACAGAUGUCUUACAGCAACAUGUUCCUAAGAAGGAGGUGGUACCGACUGAGCAGCAGCUCUGUAAUCAGGAUAACAACUCCAGUCUGAAACACGGGAAACCAGAAUCUCCACAGAUUAAGGAGGAACCGGAGGAACUCUGCAGCAGUCAGGAGGGAGAGCAGCUUAUACUGAAGGAGGAGACGGAUACCUUUAUGGUGACCGCUACUUGCGACAAAAGUGACCAAACCGAAACAGGUGGGCAGCAGCUCCUGUUUCUAAGCUCUGCUGUAGCUGAGAACCAAGAUCAGGGACGAAGCGAGAAACUUGAUUUACAAUCAAUUCGAUUUACGAACAAAAGUCACAAGAAUAAAGAAGACCCGACAACAUCAGGGAGUAGGUGUAACUCUGAUAAAAGUACAAAGUAUCUAAAAUGUGAUGUUUGUGGAAAAGUAUUCCGAUAUAAUUAUGAAAUGACAAGACAUUAUAGAAUCCACACAGGCGAGAAACCGUAUUCAUGCACUAUUUGUGGCAAAGGUUUCGUAUGUACUGGCUCUUUAGCAAAGCACAGAAGAGCUCACACAGGUGAGAAGCCUUAUUCUUGUAUAACAUGUGGGAAAAAGUUUGCUUAUAACAGUGAUUUACUGAGACACCUGAAGACGCACACUGGUGAGAAACCAUAUCAUUGUAAAAGAUGUGGGAAAAUGUUUCUAUAUAAUAGUAAUUUACUGAAACACAUGCGGACUCACACAGGUGAGAAACCAUAUGGAUGUAAAACGUGUGGGAAAAUGUUUGCUUAUAAUGGUGAUUUACUGAAGCACACAAGAGCUCAUACAGGUGAAAAGCCAUAUCAUUGUAAAACAUGUGGGAAAAUGUUCGGAUACAGUAGUUCUCUGUUAAAACACAUGGGAAUUCACACAGGUGUGAAACCACAUCAUUGUAAAACAUGUGGGAAAAUGUUUGCUUCUAAUAGUGAUUUAGUGAAACACACGAGGAUGCACACUGGUGAGAGACCAUAUCAUUGUAAAACUUGUGGGAAAGUAUUUGCAUAUAGUAGUUCCUUAUUGAAACACAUGAGAAUGCAUACAGGUGUUAAACCAUAUCAUUGUAAAACUUGUGGGAAAUCGUUCACCCGUAACUCUAUUUUGACAGAACACACAAGAACACACACAGGUGAGAAACCGUAUGAAUGUAAAACAUGUGGGAAAAGGUUUAACUCUAGAACUCAUUUGUUGCGCCACAUGAAAACUCACGCUAAGCGGUGCACUAUCGAUACAAGAUUAUUGGCUUAGUGAGCUGCUUUGAGCUAAAAGUCAGAGGUUUGUGUCACAAAAGUUACUUUUUUAAAAUCUGGUUUUAAUUACCCUGUUCAGCUAUGAAUAAUUGAAAGAGGUAUGAAUAUAAAUACUGAUUUAAAGAUUAUGGUAACUUACACUGAACACAUAAGCUGUUAAAGAGCAGGUAAAGUUGAGAGGUUUAACUGGAAUGUGCAUAUAUUCAUAUAUAUAUUCAAGUAUGCAGAAAACGUGGAAAUGUUGUACUUGAUUCUCUGCUGAAUCUGCUGCUAAAUCUGUUACACUAAUUUAAUUGUAGCUAUUAGAAGAUGGAUCACAAAAAACAAAACAAUUACUUUAGUUUGCAACAAAGUAAAGCAAAUAUUUUCUUGGGCUUUGGAACUAUAAGCUUUAACAUUUAAAUGGGUCCAGUUUAAAGUAUCAGAGCUCUAGUGAGAGCCGAGUGCACACUCUUGUCAUAUUUUCAGCAAGUGUUUUAUUGGUAUAUUUUCUUUGUUUUCUAUAAUUUUUUAAUCAUUUUAUCGACAUCUGAUAAUGUCUGUUUAUUCUGACUGAGAUUUUAGUUUUGUUAAUUCAGUUUAUAUAAAGGAAGCCUGGUGUGUUGAUCUUCAUUGAUAGUAUAUGCUUCUUUUUUUUUCUAAAGGGGGGUGCUCUGUAUCGCAAAACUGAAAUCUAGGAGCUGUUUCUAUGUUUUUCCAUCUAAAUCUUAAACAUGAUGCUGUCCACUGUGGUGAUGAUGUGGUUGACAGUCUAUCAGAGAGUAAACCAGUUACACUCUCACCUGUGGUAAAUAUAAUCACUGUUUAGAACAACAUUCAUGUCUUUGGACUGUGGGAGGAAGCUGGAGUACCCAGAGAGAACAUGCAGACUCCACACAGGGAGGCCUGAGCCAACCAGGACCUUCUUACUGUGAUGGGACGGUGCAAGCCACUGCGACAACGUGCUGCUGGUUUCUUUUUGAAUAAAUAGAAGAUCUUUGUUUUGUUUUAAUUGGGGUGGUCUUUUGUAUUCAUAUGUUUUGUUUAUUUAGCUCAUUUAGUGCAUUUAUAUUAAUUUACUGUUAAUUUUAAGUUGUUUAAGAAUCUAGACUUGCUGUGAGAACCUCAGGUUCAAAGAUAGAUAGGUGUAAGCGUAACAUUUUCAUUUCUUGUUCUGCACGCAUUAAAUAAAGCACUAAACCUGUA